AUGCCGCCUAGAGAGGAGUACUGGGUCCCCAUGGUCUCUUUGGCACCAAUGAUAAUGACCUGCUCCUUCUACGAACCUGCGCAGAACACCGUCUCAUCCCGACCAACACCUACUUCCGCCUCCCAUUGUAAGAGAAGGCCACCUGGAUGCACCCUCGGCCGCAAAAUUUACACCUGCUGGACUACAUCCUCGUCCGAAAGCUAGACCAGCGGGAUAUGUUGGUGAGAAAGGCGAUUUUGUGUGCCGACGGGUGGACCGACCAUCGUCUCGUCAUCUCCAAGGUACGGAUACGCCAAAAUCCUCGCGGGAGACAUCAGGGUAAGCAACCACCAGGUGAGCUGAAUACUGCCUUAUUGUCUUUGCCUACUCACCAUCAUCAUUUCAGCAAUGAGCUGGCUCAUCAGUUAGCCAACCUUUCGGUGGCCGCAGCCGCUGCCACUUCGACCGCUGAUGAGAACGCCUUCGUGGAGAACCGAUGGUGUCAACUGCGGGACACAGUCCAGUCGACGGCGUUUGCUGUCCUCAGUCCCGAACGCCGCCAACACCAGGACUGA